UGUGCACCCGCUCUAUUUCCACGCGGGGUCAAGUUGCCUCACCUCAAGCCACCCCGGGGUUAACAGAUACAAGUUCCAGAAGAGUCUUGGGUGGGGCUCCACUCUUCACUGUGGACAAGCUUAGUGCAGUCACCUAAGACAAGCUCGAUGGAAGUAGCCUCACCCUUUUCACCUCUAGACUACAUUUCCCAGAAGUUCUUGCGGCUCUGAUCAAUUUCCGUGGGAACGCAGCAACAUUUUUCUAUUUCUUUAGAAACAUGUGGCUCCUAGGCACUAGCAGGGCCCAUAGAGGGAGCUUAUCUCCAGGAUGUGUGGGCUGUCUCCCCUGGGAACCUGGCUCGGAGACUGCGCGUGGAUCUAGAAGACCCCUUGCAGCGAUCUGGAGAGGGGAGCGGGGGUAUCGGCUUGGCUCAGGCUUCUGCGCCCGCAGGAAAUCCAAGCGCCAGGCGCCAUCUUGUCUGAGCCGACCUGCUUCCGGACUACAUUUCCCAGAGGCCUCCGGAGGAAUAAGGCCGCUCCUUCGCUCGCUUGCCCGAUCCUCGGCCUCCCGGCAAGGGGAAUUACAAGGAAAACAGCCCCAAGAAGGAUUCAUCCUCUCCUGAAUACUGAAAGCCAUGGCCCAGGGAUCAGUGAUGUUCAGUGAUGUGUCUGUAGACUUCUCACAGGAGGAGUGGGAGUGCCUGGACCCUGGUCAGAGGGACUUGUACAGAGAUGUGAUGUUGGAGAACUAUAGCAAUCUGCUGUCAAUGGGACUUUACAUUCCUAAGCCUCAAGUUAUCUCCUUAUUGGAACAAGGAAAAGAGCCCUGGAUGGUUGGCAGAGAGCUGACAAGAGGCCUGUGUUCAGAUCUGGAAUCAAUGUGUGAAACCAAGUUACUGUCUCUGAAGAAGGAAGUUUAUGAAAUAGAGUCAUGCCAGAGGGAGAUAAUGGGACUUACAAAGCAUGGCUUUGAGUACUCCAGUUUUAGAGACAUUUUGGAAUAUAGAAACCACUUCGAAAAACAACUGGGAUAUCAAAGUGGGCAUUUCAGCCAAGAAAUACUCACUCAUGAAUACAUGCCCACAUUUAUUCAACAGACAUUCUUUACUUUACAUCAGAUAAUUAAUAAUGAAGAGAAACCCUAUGAAUGUAAGAAAUGUGGAAAGGUCUUUAGUCAGAAUUCACAAUUUAUUCAACAUCAAAGAAUUCAUAUUGGUGAAAAAUCUUAUGAAUGCAAGGAGUGUGGGAAAUUCUUUAGUUGUGGCUCCCAUGUUACUCGACAUCUGAAAAUUCAUACUGGUGAAAAACCCUUUGAAUGUAAGGAAUGUGGCAAGGCUUUCAGUUGUAGCUCAUACCUUUCUCAACAUCAGAGAAUUCAUACUGGUAAGAAGCCCUAUGAAUGUAAGGAAUGUGGGAAAGCCUUUAGCUAUUGCUCAAAUCUUAUUGACCAUCAGAGAAUUCACACUGGUGAAAAACCCUAUGAAUGUAAAGUAUGUGGGAAAGCCUUUACUAAGAGCUCACAACUUUUUCAACAUGUGAGAAUUCAUACAGGUGAGAAGCCCUAUGAAUGUAAAGAAUGUGGCAAAGCUUUCACUCAGAGCUCAAAGCUUGUUCAGCAUCAGAGAAUUCAUACUGGUGAAAAACCCUAUGAGUGCAAAGAAUGUGGCAAGGCCUUUAGUAGUGGCUCGGCGCUUACUAAUCAUCAGAGAAUUCACACUGGGGAGAAACCCUAUGAUUGUAAGGAAUGUGGGAAAGCUUUUACCCAGAGCUCACAACUUCGUCAACAUCAGAGAAUUCACGCUGGUGAGAAACCCUUUGAAUGUCUUGAAUGUGGGAAGGCCUUUACUCAGAACUCACAACUUUUUCAACAUCAGAGAAUUCAUACAGAUGAAAAACCAUAUGAAUGUAGUGAAUGUGGAAAGGCCUUUAAUAAAUGCUCAAAUCUUACGCGACAUCUGAGAAUUCACACUGGUGAAAAGCCCUAUAACUGUAAGGAAUGUGGAAAGGCAUUUAGUAGUGGCUCAGAUCUCAUUCGUCAUCAGGGAACUCAUACUGGAGAAAAGCCCUAUCAGUGCAUGGAGCAUUCCAGAGUCUUCAACUCAUGAUCCACUCUGAGAAGGCACAGGAAGGACCACGUGGGAAAGAAACCUCACAUAUGUGAGGAAUGUGGGAAGGACUUCAGCUGCAACUCUAACCUGUCCAUCCACCCACGAGUCCACAUGGGUGAGAAGCCCGGUAUGUGUCAAGUGUGCAGGAAGGACUUAAGCUGUAGCUCCAACCUCUCGAGCCACCAGCGUGUCCACAUGGGCGAGAAGCCCUUCAGGUGCCAUGACUGCGGCAAGGACUCCAUCUGCGGGGCAGCCCCACAGAUCCACCAGAACGUCCGCACAGGAAGGAAGCCCCAUGCUUGCGAGGAACUGGAGCAGAUGUGCAGGCCUUAGGUCAAAGGUGCCUUCUUAUCCCUGCCUGACAACACUUCCCCAUUCUGGCUCCACAAGACCCAAGGUUUUGAAAUCAGCCUCUGAGUCAGUCAUGCAGCUUGUCCCAGGACGUCAGCCUUCAGAGAAAUCAACAG